UCCGCCCCGCCCGCCGGGCCUCUCCCCCCCGCCUCGGCCCCGGCCCGUAGGCGGGGCGGGCUGCGGACGGCACCUCCCGCAGCGGGGCCGAGGCGGCUCUUUCCGUCGGUCGCCGCCGCAGCAUGAGCGGGCCGGGGCUGCUGGGGCCCGGUGGCGGCGCGGGGUUGCCGCCGCUGCCCAAGAGCCUGAGCGGGCUGCUGAACUCCUCCUCCUCCGGCGGCGGUGGCCAGGGCGGGCGCUGGCGGGACCUGGAGCGGCUCUACGCGCAGAAGUCCCGCAUCCAGGACGAGCUGAGCGGCGGUGGCCGGGGCUCCCCGCGCCCGCCCAAGCCUCCCAACCUGGACGCGGCGCUGGCCCUGCUCCGCAAGGAGAUGGUUGGCCUUCGGCAGCUAGAUAUGUCAUUGCUGUGUCAGCUGUACUCCCUGUAUGAAUCCAUUCAAGAAUACAAAGGUGCCUGCCAAGCUGACUCUAACGCAGACUGCACGUAUGCUAUGGAAAAUGGUUUUUUUGAUGAAGAAGAGGAAUACUUCUAGAAGCAGGAAGAUUCACCUACAGGCUGACCAAUAUUCUUUGGUCCUCUCCCUGUAACGCACCUCAGCAAGAAUGACGGAGCCUGUAUGGAUCCCUCUUCCUGAGGAGGAGCACCCAGCUACCCCAAGUUGUGUUAAAUUUGCUUAUUUUAACAGGCUGUCAGUACAAGUUACUCAUGCAAAUACCACUUGAGGAAAGUGCUGUACUCUUAACUUUUGAAGAGUCCUCAGACAUGCUUGACAAGAGUUUUCAAUUUAAUUUGCAAGGUGGGUGUUUCCAACUUCAGACCUUGGUAUCUUAUAACUGGAAUUUUAAUCGCAGAAGGCAGCAGUGACUUCGUGAGUUGUAAUAACUUUGUAAGGUGGGGGGAAGCCUCUGCUGUGGUGUAAAAUAGGUGAUUUUUGUUUUGGUCAGCAGUAUUAAUAAAUGCUUUUUGAACAGGCAUCUGGAUGCACGCACAUCCUCAGCUCUACUAAGCUAGUUCUGCUCUUAACAGCUGUAUCCAGUUUUAUACUGGGUGGAUUGUUUACACAGUUUAAGUUUCUUUUCCUUAAGCUAAUUUUUACUUUUCCUUAUUUCUAGCUUACAAGCUGUACCUGUUAUCAGCAGGGUUCUUUUCUGUUGAUCUAGUUCAUGUUCUUGGUACUGCCACUUGGCAUUAACUUUUAUACUGUUGUCUGGAUUUCUCACAUCAACAUAGCUCUUUGACCUGCUAAACUCUGUUCUGAAAUGGUUUGCUUAGCUUUUACUGAACUGCAUAGUAAAAGCACAGAUUCAAACAUGGUCUGUCUGCCACUGUGUGGCUUGGGAUAACAUUGAACUCUUGUGCAAGUGUUCUCGAUCAUAUGAAGAAUAAGGAAACCUCUCAUAUGACACAAUGGGACAAAUUGCAAUAUUUUAUACUGGGUGAACUUUGUUUCUGUAAGGUAGACUACAGCUCUUUAUAAAAAAGCAAGAUAAGUAUUUUGAGCACAUACUUUGCAUAUGUUAGAACUUUUUAUACUGACUUGUUCUUUGAAGUAUAACUUAUUUUUGUUUUCAGAAGUUGCUAAAGCACUCGGUUAAGUUUUUAUUAUUUCAUAGUGUGUAGAUAUAAUGCUUAAUCAGCUUAGAAAAUGAGAAUUGCCAGCUCUUCGAGUCUUCACCCUUCUCUUUUUUUUGAAGUAAAAUCUGCUCCCAAUGCAAUUUUCAUUCCUUAGCUUUAAUUCUAAAGAUUGCUGUAAAGCACAGUGCCUGAAUCUUGACACAAGCUAAUAAUUAAGGGCUUAAAUCUCAAAGGGUUUUUGCAUGGUUCAUGUCUGGCAUGCAUACAGUUUACAGAAAGAACUGGAGAUCACAUUCUGGGGUAGCGCCUCCCUUAGUUCUUAGCAAAGGCUAGGAUGUUGCAGUGAUAAAAGCCAAGAGACUUCUUAGGGUGGAGUUUUUGUGCAUUCCCUCUAAACCCGUCUUCUUUUAGUGUAUUUUAAGGGCCGCAAGAGACUGUGCUAUAAUUGUGUAUAAGUUCUUCAUCUAGUCUGUGGCAAUGGUUGGAAUUUUCUUUAAUGUUAACUCUGGUCUAAUUAGUUCACUCACCCGAAAUUAGAAUAAGGCAAACACAGAUAAUCCAAAUGGCUACAUCUAAACUUAAAAAGUUGUGUGUGCUUGUGUGUAUAUACACACAUGCAUGCAUACAACUUUGACUUAAGAAUGUAUCAGCUUUGGCUAUAAUUUGCUGUGCUUUUUGUAUUCAGAUGAGGCUUUCUGUAGUCUGUUGAAGUACUGAUAUUUUCUUGCUCUUCCCCCCAAAAUAAAAAAGCAUGAUGUUUAGCAUAA